AUGGCCGUCAUGGGCAAGGCUAGAGCUCUCUUCUCCCUCGGCAAAUACGCCGAUGCUCUUCACAACUACCAGUCCGCUCUCGAGCGCGCCCCACAACUUCAAGAUCCGGAUCCGAGAAUCGGCAUAGGCUGCUGUUUCUGGCAGCUGGGUCACAAGGAUGAGGCCCACAGCGCAUGGCAACGCGCCCUUGAAGUCAACCCGACCUCAAAGAUUGCCAACAUCCUGCUCGGCCUGUACCACCUCGACCAGAGCGCAAAGCUUCCCACCACCGACCCCGAGUUCCAGCAACACUACAAGAAGGCCAUGACCGAGUACACCCAAACUGCCUGGAAGCUCGAUAACAAGUUCCCCCUGACUUGCGCCACCUUCGGAAACUAUUUCAUCCUCAGAAAGGCCUGGCCCACGGUAGAGCGUCUUGCCCGUCAAGCCAUCGAGGCCACAGAUGUCAACGCUAUUGCCAGUGAUGGUUGGUAUCUCAUGGCCCGCAAGGAACACACCGAAGGAAACGUUGCCAAGGCCACCGACUACUACAACAGGGCCGAUCAAGCAAGAGGUGGUGAUGAGAGAGGUUACCUGCCUGCCAAGUUUGGUGCCGCUCAGCUCAAGAUCCUUUCCAAGGACUGGUCCGGCGCAAGGUUCCGUCUCGAGAGCAUUGUUCAGUCCACCAAGAGUGCAGAGGCCAUGACUCUGCUUGGUCUCCUGUAUGCCGAAGAAGUCUACGCUAACCAAAAUGCUGGAUCCAAGGAAGACAGGUCGUCAGAGAUGAGAAAGGCUAUUGGUCUCCUGGAAGGUGUCCGCAACACUUGGAAGGACCCCAAAAGAAGGCUACCCCUGACUCGUACGUCCUCUUGA